UGUUAUCAAUACAAUCCAUCUGUUAUUGCCAAACACCAUGUUGGAGAACGGUGAACAUUUUUUUGAGGGGGUUGAAAAACUCCUUGAAAUCUGGUUUGAGGAAAGCUCUAACAUCGAAAAUGAUCUGCGUAAAAUUAGCAGAUCUGAUUGGGAAAGCGUGCUUAGCAACGUAAACUGUGAAAUAAUAAGCACUUCAAAAAACGACGCUAUAGAUGCUUUUGUGUUAAGCGAAAGCAGUAUGUUUGUUUCAAAGCGACGUUGGAUUCUUAAAACUUGCGGAACGACAACUCCUCUUAAAUGUUUGAGUCAAUUGUUGAAACUAGCGGAAGCUAACGGUUUCGAUGUAGUCGCAGACUUGUUCUACUCGAGAAAGAACUUUACUAGACCAGAAGUACAGAUAACUCCACAUCAAGGAUUUACUGAGGAAGUUACUUAUCUGGAUUCCAUUUUCCCGAAUGGAAGAUCCUAUUGCCUGGGAUCUAUGAACCUAGAGUGUUGGUAUCUGUAUACAUUUAGUCGUUCUGAUAUCAAAAUUUCCACUGAACACAUAACGGAUGAGAAAAGUGUUGACUCGGAUCCUGAUCCAGACCAAACUAUUGAAAUACUCAUGCAAGAUCUAGACCCCGAAACUAUGGCGAUCUUUUACAAAAACAGAUUUGAUAAUGCCCACGAGGCUACAGUGAAAUCUGGAAUUGAUACAAUUUUGCCGAGUAUGCAGAUUGACGAUUUUCUAUUUGAUCCUUGUGGAUAUUCCAUGAACGGAAUUAAUGAUAAGGGAGAGUACAUGACAAUUCACAUUACUCCAGAAAAUCAAUUUUCGUAUGUGAGCUUUGAAACUAAUGUCGCAUUGAGUAACUAUAGAAAACUUAUUAAUCAAGUUAUCAACACUUUCAAGCCUGGAAAGUUUAUCGUUACUAUUUUUGCUAAUAAGUGCUCUUUGGCAUACGAAACUAUGAAGGAGUUGGAAGUAGAAUACUCCAAAGGAUCGCACUGGAAACGAACGGACAUGCAAUGUUGCAAUUUCCCAUCUUACAACUUGUUGUUUGCACAAUAUUCAUUCAAUGAAAAAAUUGGGGAUAAUUUAUGAAAUAUGAAUUCCACACAAAAUUGUGAUUUUUUACUUAUGUCCAUCAAAACGUAUUGUUCGUUUAAUUAAUAAAAAUAAAAUAAUUUAAAAUACUGUA